CUGAAAUCGAUUGAAAAUGGCGGAUGGUGGAGAAGGCCGAUCAUAUUUACACGAACAUAACUGAUAUCUAUUGAAAACGAUGGGUGCUGACACCAAUGUAGAGGUCCAGCAGCCCAGUAGAGAGAACGGCUGGUCCUGCCCCCCACAUCCCUUACAGUUUGUUGCCUGGGGGUUUAUCAUAUUCUUUGGUGUGAUACAUUUUGUUAUUUUGGUGCCUGGUUUGCCAGUGGAAUGGCAAACUGCUGGUUAUGUGGUGCAAGGGAUCUUAUUUUUAGCACAUUUUAUAGUGCAUCUAAUGGCCUGCACAGUCAACCCAGCUGAUGUGAAUGUAAUCAAAAAAGCGGGGAAGACACCUGCUGCCAUAUUUGAUAGAACACUACAUGCCCAUGUUAUAGAAAAUGACCACUGUUAUAUCUGUGAAGUAGAAGUAGGACCAAAAUCUAAACAUUGUAGUGCCUGUAACAAGUGUGUCAGUGAUUUUGAUCACCACUGUAAGUGGCUCAAUAACUGCGUAGGAGGCAGAAACUACAAACUAUUUAUUUUAACCUUGGUGACAGCUCUUGUAGGAUGCCUGCUGAUCCUAACUCUGUGUAUUCUACAGUUUGUUGCCUACUACACAGAUAAAAGUGAUGGUCAUAUAUUGCAACAAUAUAGAGACUAUUUAUCAAGUACAACAACAUCAGUAUUAACAACUGGGUACAGUAACAGUACUACAGACACCACUGUCAGCACUGUCAGCACUGCAACUGUGCCUUAUGAGACACCAUUGUUGUUCCAUAUCUUCUAUGCCAGUGUGCCUGAUGAAGCCUGGCUCGCAGUAUUAGGAAUCACAGCAGUCCUUGCUCUUAUAACCAUUAUAUUAUUAGGACACCUGCUUGGAUUCCAUAUUUAUUUAAGAUGCAAUGGGUUGACUUUUUACGAACACAUUCAGAAGACACGGUCCAAGAAACAAGAGUCUUCCAAUGAUGAAAGUCAAGACGAAGUUAUAGAAUUAGGUCAUGUAGGCGUGGCAAGUCAGUCAAGUGUUGAGAAUGGCGAGAUUCCUAUUCCCUGUUCUUCUGAAGAAAAACCUUAUCAAUGUUGUGGCUCUGUCAAGUGUGCAAAGAUCUCAGUACCUACGAUUACAUUGUCAUGCAGCGUCAAGAGGCAGAACGUGAGGCAAGAGAACGAGAAAUAGGCAAAAUAAAAGAAGAAAAUUCAAAACGCUCAUCUUUGAAG